GGAUCUGCUUGCCCCGAGGACAGGAGGAUGCUUGGUGUGGCUUUCACCACCGGGGUCCUGCUGGCCCUGGUGGGUGGCACAGAUGCCCACCGCUGCGUUGCCCCAGGCUCCCUGGUCUCCAAGAUGCUGGGACAGCUGGACAGGUCGGUCUCAGACACCAAGCCACCAAACCCCAGUGUCCUGCUGGCCAUGAACCUGGCUGGGGGCAGUGGCAGCAGUGCCAACCAGCUGCUGCUCCGUCUGAUACAGGAGGAGGCUGUGAAGAAAGCCCGAGGUAGGAUGACCUCAGGGCAGGUGGCUCUGCUUGUGCUUGCCCUCCUCUCCUCCUGCAAGAACCCCCAGCAAGUCCAAGCUCUGGGACAAAGCAUCAACCUGGUCCAUGUCCUCCAGCAGAAAACAGACGAGGAGGUGGCCAGCCUGGAGACUGUUGGUGUGCCCAGCACCACCCUCUUCAGUGUCAGCCUGGAUGCCCUGGCCCUGUGCCUGGUGCGGGCUGGUGGCUACGAAUCAGCAGCUGUGGCCCUGGCCAGGCAGGUGCUGGACCCCAAGAAAACAAUCGAUGUGGAUACCCGUGCCAUGGCGGUGCAGGCGCUGGUGUGCGCCUACGGCCACGCGGACCUCCAGAGCGUCCAGGACCUGCUCUGGAAGGCAGUGUCCGGCGUCACCAACGACCUCCUCGACGAGCAGGAGAGGAGAGGUGGCCUGAUAGGCAACAUCUACAGCAUGGGGGUGGCCCUGCAGGCACUGGAGACCUCCAGCAAGUUUUAUGCCCCGCGGCAGUGGGACUGCGAGCAAGCCUUCGAUGUGGUGUACAGACAUGACUACCAGCAGCCCAUGGCCAUUGCCCAGGUCCUGCCUGCCCUCGUGGACAAACCCUACCUGCAGGCAGCCAGCGUGAACUGCGAUGCUAGCACCACAGCGUCCCCAGACCAAGGCUUCUCCCCGCCCCCAAGCCUGGAGACAACCAAAGAGCACGAAGCAGCCACCAUCGAGGUGCACUACUGCAUCUUGAACACGCUGAUUGGCAAACACUUCAACAACUGCACCUCAGUGGAGGUCCCAGCUGGCUCUGUGCUGCUCAAGGUGCUGGAGGCUGCAGAGAAGAAGGAACCUGACACCUUUAGCUUCAAGACAGAGGAGACAUUCUGGGGCCCCAUGGUGGUCUCCAUCCAUGGGCUGGCUGCCAACCCACAGGACAGGACCUACUGGGAGUUCCUCAGUGGCGAGGAUGCCCUGGAGGAAGGGGUUGGCACCUACAAGCCCCACAACAUGGAGCACAUCCUGGCCAACUUCACCACCUACUGAAGACACCAAGGCACCCCUGG